AUGACUGUUAUGGGAGCAUGGAAUGUCAGAGCUACUUUUGUUUAUGCUAGUAACUCUAUUGAUGAAAGAGAAUGCCUGUGGCAUGACCUAGUACAAUUAAAUGUGGACAACAACUACCCAUGGAUUGGUUUUGGUGACUUCAAUACGGUACUAAAAAUGGAUGAGAAGAUUGGGGAACUUAUGGAUGGCAUCCACCAAAUUUGCUGGAAGCUGGAUCGGGUGUUAGUUAAUUAUGGAUGGAAUAUGAAACUAGGGGGCACAGAGGCUUUGUUUCUCAAUCCAAGUAUCUUUGACAACUCUUCUAUGGUCAUUACUCUUUGCAAGGGUGUCUCUCGCACCUCGAGACCUUUUCACUUCUUUAACCAUUGGGUGAAACAUCCUACCUUUAUGGGCACAGUACAAUAUGAAUGGGCUACUCCAGUGAUUGGUAAUCCUAUGUAUAUCCUAACUCAAAAGCUUAAACGUUUAAAAAAUCGUCUCAAAACUAGGAGCAGUGAAGUCUAUAGUAAUGUAUCUGCAAGGAUAGAGGAUCUCAGGAAUCAACUUGCUAUGGUUCAACAAUCACUUGAUUUGCUACCUAUGGAUAGAGAGUUACAAGUCAAGGAAUCAAGCAUAUCUCAGGAGUUAUUUAAGGCACUUACUAUAGACGAAUCAGCUCUUAGACAAAGAUCAAGAGGCCUGUGGCUACAGCUUGGAGAUUCGAACAAUGGUUACUUCUAUAGGUCUUUUCAAUCUCGUAGAGCUCACAACAAAAUUUUCAGGAUCAAGGACAUGUUGGGGAGGAUGUUAGAAGACGAGCAUGACAUCAAGCAAGAAGCUAUCAGUUAUUUCCAACAACGUUUUACUCCUCCAGGCCAACCUUCCUCCACUCCCCUUGAGGUCAACCCAUCUAACGUACUCAAUGAUGAGCAUGUUGCUUGGCUUUCUAAUGAUAUCUCCUCAAAUGAAAUCAAGAAUGCUCUCUUUAGUAUGAAUGGUGACAAAUCCCCAGGACCUGAUGGUUUAACUGCUUGUUUCUUCCAACAUUCAUGA